GGGGAUGGAAUAGGACGUCCCUAUUUUCAGGGGAGAAACAUUGGAGGGGAUGGAAGAGGACGUCCCUAUUUUCACAGGAGAAACGUUGGAGGGGAUGGAAUAGGACGUCCCUAUUUUCACAGGAGAAACGUUGGAGGGGAUGGAAUAGGACGUCCCUAUUUUCACGGGAGAAACGUUGGAGGGGAUGAAAUAGGACGUCCCUAUUUUCAGGGGAGAAACGUUGGAGGGGAUGGAAUAGGACGUCCCUAUUUUCACAGGAGAAACGUUGGAGGGGAUGGAAUAGGACGUCCCUAUUUUCACAGGAGAAACGUUGGAGGGGAUGGAAUAGGACGUCCCUAUUUUCAGGGGAGAAACGUUGGAGGGGAUGGAAUAGGACGUCCCUAUUUUCAGGGGAGAAACGUUGGAGGGGAUGGAAUAGGACGUCCCUAUUUUCAGGGGAGAAACGUUGGAGGGGCUGAGACUGCCACAGAAGCAGCCGUGAUCUGUUUCAUGUCCACCUGCAUGCCAAAGCAGAGCGGCUUGUUCCUUGCCCCGGCCGAACCCUCGUCCCACAGGCAUCUCACGUGAAGGCAGAUCUGCCCGACGGAACUGCCAUUAUCAAAUGCACUUUGAUUCAGAGUCCAGAGUUACACUUGCAAGGAAAGUAGAUAUCUCCUCUCUCACACACAUGAAUACAGAAACCAGGAAGGACAGACCUGCCUCGCCGAACAGCACAUAUCGAAGCAACGCGAUGGAGCCGUUCUCAUACCUGCCUCUGCUCCUGGGAAUCUUCUUUGCCCCCUGUGCCCACGGCCAAGGCGCCGUGACGGGGACCACAAACGGCUCCAGCGGUCUGCAGCCCUGGCUGGUGGGCCUUGCCGCCGUCCUCGGUUUCCUAGGCGUGAUAUUCGUGGCCUCUCUCAUCAAUCGCUUCUUCUUCUCCAAGAAAAAGGAUGGCGAAGGGAAGUCAAUGAGCACCGAACUCCGCCCAGGCAACAUUUACGACAACAUCGCCAUGGACCCAGAAGAGGGGAGCUCUCACGAAAAGGAGCUAGAUAGCAACAAGGUGACCAGCAUGUAAAGUCCAGCUUCGGGGGGUGAAGGACGAGGCCAGCAGCCGGGAGCCGAUGUGACUGGUCACAUGGUGCCAAAU